GCGGCGCCUGCGAGUGACGUUGGUCGUGCGACCGCGCAUUUCCUGCAGUGGCUCAGUCUACUGCCUGAGAGCUCCUGGAGCAGGGGACUAUGAACCGCAGCCGCCAGGUGACGUGCGUGGCCUGGGUCCGCUGCGGCGUGGCCAAAGAGACGCCGGACAAGGUAGAGCUAAGUAAAGAUGAAGUAAAGCGUCUCAUUGCUGAAGCAAAGGAAAAGUUACAAGAUGAUGGUGGCAGCGAUGAGGAGGAGGCAGGCAGCCCUUCAGAAGACAGCAUGCAGAGCGCCCGAACUCAGGCAAGACCACGGGAGCCCCUGGAGGAUGGCGGCCCUGAGGAUGACCGCACUCUGGAUGCCGAUGAGCUGGCUGAGUACGACCUCGACAGAUACGAUGACGAUAACGACCCAGAUGCAGAGACGCUGGGCGAAUCUCUCUUGGGGCUUACAGUCUAUGGCAGCAAUGAUCAAGAUCCUUACGUUACCCUGAAAGACACGGAACAAUAUGAACGAGAUGACUUCUUGAUCAAGCCUAGUGACAAUCUCAUAGUUUGUGGCCGAGCUGAACAGGAGCAGUGCAAUCUCGAGGUGCACAUUUAUAACCAAGAGGAGGACUCAUUCUACGUGCACCACGACAUCCUCCUGUCUGCGUAUCCUCUGAGCGUGGAGUGGCUGAAUUUUGAUCCCAGCCCAGAUGAUUCCACUGGAAAUUAUAUUGCUGUGGGAAAUAUGACCCCUGUCAUUGAAGUAUGGGACCUUGAUAUCGUGGACUCUUUAGAGCCGGUUUUCACACUUGGGAAUAAGCUUUCUAAAAAGAAGAAAAAGAAAGGAAAGAAGAGUUCCUCCUCCGAGGGGCACACAGACGCCGUCCUUGACCUCUCGUGGAAUAAGCUCAUCAGGAACGUGCUGGCGAGCGCAUCGGCGGACAGCACCGUCAUUUUGUGGGACAUGGCCCUGGGGAAGGCUGCGGCCAGCCUCGCCGUGCACACAGACAAGGUGCAGACUCUGCAGUUCCACCCAUUCGAAGCCCAGACCCUCAUCUCGGGAUCUUACGAUAAGUCGGUGGCGCUGUACGACUGCCGGAGUCCAGACGAGACCCAUCGCGUGUGGCGCUUCAGCGGGCAGAUAGAGCGGGUGACCUGGAAUCCCUUCGCCCCCUGUCACUUUCUGGCCAGCACCGAUGAUGGCUUCGUGUACGAUCUUGAUGCGAGGUCAGAUAAACCAGUAUUCACACUCAACGCACACAAUGACGAGAUCUCUGGGCUCGAGCUGAGCAGUCAGAUCAAGGGCUGCCUGGUGACGGCAUCAGCAGACAAGUACGUGAAGAUCUGGGACAUCCUGGGCGACAGGCCAAGUCUGGUCCACUCCAGGGACAUGAAGAUGGGUGUCCUCUUCUGCGCCUCGUGCUGCCCUGAUCUGCCAUUUGUCUAUGCCUUUGGGGGUCAGAAGGAAGGCCUGCGCGUCUGGGACAUUAGCACCGUGUCUUCAGUAAACGAAGCCUUCGGAAGACGAGAGAGGCUCGUUCUCGGCAGUGCCAGAGGCUCGGCUGUCAGCGGCCCUUUCAGGGACAGGAGCACGGAGACCCCGAUGGAGUCCUAGUGGUGGCACGCCACUGCCCGUGUGUCCCUGGCCGGGGGCUGUGCACAGCUGCAGCUGUGGGAGGGGUGACAGCGGUGACAGCAGCUCUUUGAUCCUCCCUGGCUGCCUCCAUCUACCACUGGACAGCAACGCGUGGGGCUUCAUGCCUGCCUCGAGUGGGUGCUAUGUUGUGUCCUUGUAUUUUCAACGAUAAUUUAAAAAUUGUUUUUAAACUGUU